AUGUAUAUUUUACAGUAAUCUACAGUAGUCUGGAUCUGAGUUUCCAAAAUUUUCAUUUUAUUUUAAAACUUUUUUGAAACAGUAAAUUUUUUUUUGUGAAAAUAAAAACGAAUUUCAAAAAAUUGUUUUUGAUUCAAAAAAUUUGGAAUUGAAAAUUCAAUCAUUUUUUUUUCUAACUAGGGUUUUCAAACUACAGUAACUACAGUACUUUCUCUAUUUCUCUAAUCCUCUUUCUCUCUCUCUCUUUCUCUCAACCAAUAUUAGUUUUUCGAAAUGUGUUUUCAUUUCGAUUUAUUUUAUAUUCCAUGCUAAUUAAGUUUUUCCCCAUUUGUUUCCAAAUAAAUUAGAAAAAAGUGGCGAAGGAACAGCAUAAUUGAAAUGUUUUGUUUUGAGAUUUUGAGGAAUUAUUUAAAGGGGGAAGAGUGUCAUAAAAUAAAAUGAUGGAUUAAUUUGGGAAAUUGGGAAAUUAGGUAUUAUUUUAGGGGAAUUGGGGACGUUUUCUUUAAUUUUGUUGAAUUCUUGAAUUUUCCAGAAGCAUUGUCAUGAAAUAACAUUCUUGAGUAUUUUUUGAUUAAAAUGGAUGAAUUGAAAAAGUCCCAACCAUUGAAAACUUGAAAAUUCUCUGAAACAGUGAAUUUUUAUUGCAAAAACAUGUUUCAUAUCGACAUAAAUUGAAAUGAGAUUGAACCUGAAAAUUCUGGAUGAUUUUUGAAACAAUGAUUUGAAAAAUUAAAAUAGUAAAUUAUUUUCGAGAAGAAGGAAAGAAAUUUCGAAACCAGAAAAAUAUUUUUGAAACAUUUUUGAAACAGGGAAUUUUUUCCAGGGAACAUUUUGUGGUCACUAAGUUUUGUUAUUCAAAUAGUGAAUUUUUCCACAAAAAUUUUUUUAUCUCAAAUAUGAAUACAUCAAGAAAUAUACUAUAACUCUUCUAGAUUGCUGUACCUUUAAUACCGGCUUACUGUAUUCGAAUUUUCAGGUUUUUUCAGAUGUUAAAUUCCCAAUUUCCUUGUAUUUUUGCUUCUCAUUUUUGCUCUAACCGUCUGCGUUUCCCCUCUCAAUUUCGCGCAAUUAAAACGUGGUGCUAAUUAAAAAAACGGGGUGGCAUAAAGUUGUAAUAAGUCACUUCUUCUCACUCACUCAAAAACAUAUGUUACUUCAAUUUUUAUUUCAUUUCGAGCUCAUCAUAAACUGAGAGCAAUUAAAAAGCAACAUUAUGUUGCCAAUAUUUAUUAUACUAGCAAAAAUAAUAAGGAGGAAAAAAAGGCAUCAAGUUUUAUGACAUGAGAAGAAACAACAAAAAAAGGCAAGAAAAUUAUGAGACAAUAUAGGGAUAGCACUAAUUUUUAGUGGAGUUUUUUGGGGGUUGAAAAGCUUUUAGCCUUAGGCUUACAAGAGAACUGUUCUAAUGUUUACUCUGGAAUUUUAAUGAAAUAUAUUUUUAAUUAAAAACAAAAAAGGUUUUUUCGCAAAAAAAACCCACUGUUUCAAAAAUUCAUAAAAUUUUUUAAACAAACUUAAAAAUUUAAUCUUUUAAAAAACUACUGUUUCAAAUUUUUUUUAAAAAAUUUCAAUAAUGUUUUUAUUUUAUUUCUUCUGCGACUUUGACUCAAAUUUUGCAGCCCGAAAAUUUAUCUAAUUUUCAAACAUUAAACCUUGAUCCCCCAAAAUUUCUCGACAAAAUCCAGUUUUCUUCUCUUCUCGCUGUCUUACGCCAUCCUAUUUUUUCUGAUAAAAACCUGCCAUUUCCUGGAUUUCUUUCAAGUUUUCUAAUCAUUUUCAUUUUUUUCUCGAAAAUGAAAAAGGCUUUUCCUAUUUUUACCUUUAUUCCUUUUAAAUCUAAAUUUUUCAAUAAUUAGUGCUCAAGGUAAUUAACUAAUCAAUUUUGAUACUUCAAAAUGAACAUUUUCAGAGGUUCCAACAUUGACAGCUACAGUACUUGGCGGUGAUUUGGAACCUUUUGAUAUUCCGCUGGAAGAAUUGGAAAAGGAUACGAAACAGGUUACAACUUUGGCUGAGCAAUGUAAACGAUUUGUGAAUCAUUAUAGGUACGGUAGGAGGAAUUUGGGGUUUUUAGAGCUACAAAAUAUGCGCCAGCAAAAAUUCACACACGUCUCUAAAUUUUCAUCUACAGAAAAUGCGUCAGUAAAACUUCGAGUUACAAAAUUCACGUCAGCAAAACAAUCAUUGACGCCAUUCUUGCAGAUACUAUUGCCGUAGAUCAAAUCUCGCCACAUACAACGAGGAAAUUCGAAUAAUUUGCGAAAGAUAUCGAAACUAUUGUUCAGAUCGAAUUUAUCCCGCUAUCAAUUAUGUGAGUUCAAGAAAAAAAAGCUGAAAAUUCCAGAAAAUUUCAGCUUCGUCGUCAAAAAGAAUUUUAUGAUAAGGCGGGAGUUCCAAAAGCCACGCAAAAAGUGAUGAAUUCGUGUUUUUCGCAUUGCAAAGAGACAGAUCCGGUGUGGGUUUUUGGGGGUUUUUUUUGAGAAAAAAAAGUCCCAAAAAUAAAAAAAAAUUUUCAGCUGCGUGAAUUCUUGCGAAUGUCUUCACCUUCAAUGGAUGAUGAAUUACGAAUGUUAUCCAGGAACCCGUGCUCCAGCCUACAAUAAUUGUCAAAGAUGGGCGGCAAAAUGUCGUGGAAUCUGGAAACCUCGUCAAGAUUACACACCAGCAGAUUACCGUGACAUGGCUCCACCUCCAAUUGUUCGUGGUGUAUUCUAUGGUUAUGAUGGUCUUGCAACACAUCGAACAUUCGAUCGACCACGUGAUCACGGAGUAUCGUUCUGGCGCGGUACAAAUACUGUGCUUAUUGAUUGGCCAGAAGGAAAAGUUGCUGGCGGAACGACGUAUGAAGUUCCGUUUGCUGGUGUUAAUGUUAUUCCGAAUCAAUUCAAUAUUGGUUUUCCCAAUAUUCAGAGAGCAAUGCGGGAAUUCACAAAGUUAGUUGAGCUAUGACGUCGCAAAAAAUUUGAUUUCCAAUUUUCAGACAAAAUCCAGAUCCUCUAAAUCCUGGAACCGGACGAAUGGCUGCAGUUCAACGCUACUAA